GUGAUCAUAAGACUAACUGAAGUUUCUUCAACUUGUCAACAAAAGAAGUUGGACUCUAGAAGAAAGACAAACUCUAGUUUCACUUCAAGUUUUCUUUGUUUCUUUGUUUACUUUCCUAUUCUAUACCAUAGUGUUUUUUUACUAAACCUUUAAACACAACUUCUUUCGUCAUUAUGAUUAAACUGUUAUUUCUAAUUUUAUUUUUAAGUAAUUUAGCUCAGUUAAAUGGAGCUGAACAUGUUUUCCUUAAUUCAGGAAUCGAUCCAUUGUCCGAUGAAAUGGUUAAUGCCAUAAACUCUUUAAAUACUACAUGGAAGGCCAAAAGAAACUUUGUUGGAGUUCAUGUUGACUAUGUUAAAGGACUCUUGGGCGUUCAUCCUUCUGAUGAUAACAUCGUUCCUUUACUGGAGGAAGAUUUCGAGGUUGCUGCAGAUAUUCCGGAAAGCUUUGAUUCUCGUGAGGCAUGGUCAAAUUGUUCAUCCAUCUCAUUCAUUCGGGAUCAAGCAUCAUGUGGUUCUUGUUGGGCUUUUGGUGCUGUUGAAGCUAUGUCUGAUCGUAUUUGUAUUGCAUCUGGUGGAGAGCUGCAAGUUGAAUUGUCUGCUGAAGAUUUGCUCACUUGCUGUCAUUUAUGUGGAUUUGGUUGCAGUGGUGGGUUUCCCGGCAUGGCUUGGUUCCAUUGGGUUCAUUUCGGUAUUGUUACUGGAGGGCUAUACGGAGGAGAAGGAUGUCAACCAUAUAAAUUCCCACCUUGUGAGCAUCACAUACCAGGCCCUAGACCUGAAUGUAAACUUGAAAAAACUCCAAAGUGUGAAAAAAAAUGCCAACCAGGUUAUCCUAAGUCUUAUCAAGAAGAUAAAUAUUAUGGAUUGAAGUCUUACAGUGUUGGAAGUGUUAAAAAGAUUCAAACUGAAAUAAUGACCAAUGGACCUGUAGAAGGAGCAUUCACUGUUUAUUCUGACUUCCUAUCUUAUUCAUCAGGUGUUUACCAACGACACUCUCAUGAUCAACUGGGUGGCCAUGCUAUUCGCAUUCUUGGUUGGGGAGUUGAAGAUGGCAUUGAUUACUGGCUCGUUGCUAAUUCCUGGAAUACAGAUUGGGGUGAUCAAGGUUAUUUCAAAAUUCGCAGAGGAACCAACGAAUGUGGAAUUGAAAGUAAAGUAAAUGCUGGACUUCCAAAGAUUUAGCUGUAAAUAUAAUCACAACAACGGAAAACUUUGGAUAAAAAUUUUUAAAUUUUGAUAAUUAUCAUGGAACUAUGUUAUUUACACUACCAAAUAAAUAAUGUUUAUGCUAUUAUUCGUGAAA